AUGAGUUUGUCUCACAAUAUUGUAUUUGCUGAGCAGACAAUAUAUGGAGAAGAAUAUGAUUGUGUGGACUUCUACAAACAACCAGCAUUCGAUCAUCCUGCAUUAAAGAAUCAUAAUUUUCAUCAUCAGAUGAGACCGACCUCAUAUCCUAAGAACUGGGGAACAUUCAAAAAUUCCUCAACAACUAAUCGAUCAAACAAUAUUUGGAUAAACGGUAAAGGUUGUUCUGCUGGUACUGUUCCUAUAAAGAAAACAACUAAAGAAGAUCUCAUCAACACCAAAUUGGCUUCAAAAAUAUAUAAUAGACAGUAUAGGCCCCUCACACAACAGGAACCUGGUACACAUUAUGCUAUAUUGCACACAAAUUAUGGUACCGGAAAGGUAUUCAUUGGAGGUGGAAUGGAAACAACUAUAUUUAAUCCACAGCCAGUCAUUGACUCUCAAUAUAGUUCUUCCCAAGUAAAGGUCGCAAAUGGUCCGGAUAGUGUUGAAGUUGGAUGGACGGUGAAUCCUACCCUAUACAAAGAUGAUCGAGUUAGACUUUUCAUUUACACAAAUACAGCUGCAGCACGUUGUUUCAACUUACACUGUGCUGGCUUUGUACUCACUCGACCUGAUAUGCCUGUGGAUCAGAUUCUUGACCCAGUGUCUAGGAGUGACAAAGAUAUAUACCUUAAAACACUUCUAAUUUAUCGGGAUUCACCUAGCGGGCAUUGGUGGCUUGUACUUGACCAAGGACGAACCAAAGUUGGAUUUUGGCCAAACCAUAUUUUCACUGGGUUGAAGAAGGUAGCCAACUAUGUAGAAUGGGGUGGAAAAGUGUACAGUCCGCGCGACGUUCCUAGUCCUCCCAUGGGUGCUGGGAGACGGGUGCUUGGACAGACCUUUAGGGACGCAUAUUGUAGCCGGGUUGCUACUGUCAAUGAAAGUUUUGUGAUUGUUAAAGCUACAGAGACAUCUACUUACGCUGACAUCCCAGACUAUUAUAAAGUUUAUGAUGAGGGCUUUUAUGGUCAUUUUUAUGGGCACCUCAUCUUUUAUGGGGGCCAAGGUAUGUACACUGGAAUCUAA